GAUGGAUUACCUAGUCCGCUGAAGCCUCUCAUCCCCGGGCUCUCAGAGUUCUAUUUCUCUCGCCAUCUCACCGGUUUGAUUUUCCCAAGUCAUCACCACUUUUCUUUUCCCCCACCACGAUCUACAAUCCGUGAUCACAAACUACUACAACCCACCGCCGUCAAGAAAACUGCCUAUCGUGAUAUUCAAAAUGGACGAUCUAACCACCUCCCUCGCCCAAAACCUCACCACCUCCCUCUCCCCGGCAGACCUCCAAGCCGCCUUCAGCAACGACAACAACGAUGACAAUGACCUCGGUCGCGCCCCUCCCCGAAUGGGGUUUAACACCGAACCUAAACUCUGCCAGUUUAUCCUCUCACGCAGGAACGUCACUGCUUCCGUCUCGCUCGAGAUUCGACCGUCGGGUUGCUCGACUGGGUCGGGGCUGUUUAUUGCCCGGGGUGAACAGGACGGGAUUGAGGCUGGAAGGGAGAUUUACAGGUCUAAGCCGUUGAUGCUGGCUUUUGAUGGUGCAGGUGGUGAUGGGUGGUGUCAUUUUUGUGGGGGGUAUUUCGAGGGGUAUUUUGGGGGGGAGAAGGGGGGGGUGAGGGUUUGUAGCGGGUGUGGGGUUGGGAGGUUUUGUUCGAAGGAAUGCCAAAAGUUGGCUUGGAAUAGAUUUCACAAGGAGGAGUGCAAGGUUUUGAAGAGCACACCCGGGAUUAAGCCGCAGAGCUUGCUGGCUCAUCGGCUGGUGUGGUUCCAGCAGAAGGGGUAUAUCACUACCGAGCAGGGGGCUGUGAUUCAGGGGUUGGAGGCUCACUUUGAUGAGUACACUAGGGAGGAGGGGGGCAAGACGACCGAGGUGUAUGAUGUUGCGAUGGCGAUUAGGGACGUGACUGGGGAGGGGAGGGAGAAGAAGAUUGAUGUUGGGUUGAUUUGGAAGUUGGUGCCGCAGCUCUGGACCAACUGUGUCCGCCUGAGGGGUUCUUCUUCCAGAGAAACGGUUGCUUUUGCGCUGGAGCUUGUCACUGCCAUGAUCAACCAUUCUUGCGAGCCGAACGCCUUUGCUUUUUUGGAAAAGGGCGAGAUUCGCGUCCGGUCGUUGAAGAAGAUUGCGGCUGGAGAGGAGAUUACCAUUUGCUAUAUCGAUCCUACGGUUGAUGUCAAGAGUCGGCGGGAGAUUCUGAUGGAUGAGCACUUUUUUGAGUGUGACUGUGCCCGCUGCAAAGACGAGAUCGAGACCCAAAAGCGUAGGGUGGCUGCCGAUGGAAAGACAAGCAUGGCUACUGUCCGUCAAGCCCAGAUAUCCAUGCUCGACCUGAUCAAGAGCGCCGCCGUCACCGCCUGCAAGUACCCCGGUGUCUAUUCCGAUUUUGCGAACCUCACCAUUGUCGAAAGCACAAUGAACACCAUCAUGAAAAACGCCUUUCCCAACUUUGGGUGGGGUGACGAUCUCGACCCUGUCCCCAUGGUGCGCCUUUGCCUUAGCGUCCUCUACCUCGAGCAGGGCAAACCAGCCCCGGCUUUGCGCAACGGCCUCAGGGGGUAUUUUGCUCGUCGCGGAGGCCGGACUGACCCCAAUGCUGUCAAUAUUCUGAUUGACAUUAUUCAUGUGCUCAUCGCGGCGAGCUGUCUACCUCCUGACUCUCCUGUUCUCAAGGACGCGUCGUUUCCCUUGCGGGUGGACAUCAGUAAUGUUAUGUAUUGGUACCUUUAUAAGGCUUGCAAGGAGGCUGGGGAGGUGUUUGGGGAUGAUUGCGAGUAUACCAAGGCGAUUGGGGACUUGUUUGCCAAGAUGAUGGCCAGGUUGCCUGCUGGUGCGAGUAGGCCGCCGGAGGAUGAUUUCAUGGAGGAGCUUGAGGACUCGCUGAGGAGGGUUGUUGAGUGGGCGGGGGUUUGGGUUUAUGAGGGGGCUUAG